AUGAAGUUCUACCGACUCUGGUUUCAAGUUGGCACCAAAUUGGCUUGCAACCCCAGUCUUGUCGCUUUUGAGCCUAUCAAUGAGCCCCCAUGCAACGAUGCUGAUGAUGCGACUGAAAUCAAUAAGCUCAACACAAUCUUCCUCCAGGCAAUCAACGAUGCUGGCGGAUUUAAUUCCCAGCGAGUCGUUACUCUCGUCGGAGGUGGUGAGGAUAGUAUCAAGACAUCUGAAUGGUUUGAGGCGCCAUCUGGAUUUUCCAAUCCGUACGCUAUUCAAUUCCACUACUACAGCCCUUAUGAUUUCAUUUUCAGCGCCUGGUAUGUAGCAUUACACAAACUGCAGAAUGUCCUACUGAUAUUCUACAGGGGCAAGACUAUAUGGGGAUCUGAUGCAGACAAAGCAACGGUUCUUUCCGACCUCCAAUUACUCCGAGGCAACUUCACCAAUGUCCCUAUCGUCCUCGGUGAAUAUGAUGCGUCCCCUACCAACACAGAGCCCGCUGCCCGGUGGAAGUACGUCGACUAUUUGAUUCGAAAUGCUCUUGGCCUGGAUGUUUCCUGCAUUCUUUGGGAUAAUGGCUUGGAUCAUUUAGAUCGAGACACUGGUACCUGGCGCGAUCCGAAUUCCAUUUCGAUGAUCACCAAAUCAACCGCGUCAACACAAAAUAGCUUACCCGAUAGCACCGAAGAUUCUUCCACGACUACCCAGUGGUCUUCAGCUUCCCUGUUUCAUGAAUAUGGAACUCAAGUUGUCGCGCAAAGUCUCCCCUUUCUUUUCAAUGGAAACACGCUUUCUUUGAUCAGCGACUCCACCGGCUCAAUUUUACAAUCAGGCACUGACUACUCGGUCUCCAGCUCCGGCAUCACAUUAACUGCUUCUUAUCUUUCAAAACAUCUCUCACCUGCGACUUCUCCCGGCGUAAUUGCUGAUCUCACUUUGAAGUUCUCUGGAGGUGAGUCAUCGCCCAUAAUUCAGAUUGUCCAGUGGAAAACGCCCACUCUGUCGUCCACGUCGGCCGUGGCAUCAUCGGUUUCUGGCGCAGACUUAUCUAUUCCCAUCACCUGGGGUGGACUUACAACGGUGGCUGCAGUCAAAGCAGUGACUACAAGCGGUGUAUACUUGGUCGAUGACUUCACUGUAUAUCUGGGUCCUCUGCAGCAGGCUAGAACGGUGAGCUUUUACCUUCAAGUCGCGUCGGAGAAAGACUGA